GGGUAAAUAUUGGGGUGAGCAAAACGUUGCCGGUGCCGACCCAACCGACCGGCGCCGACGACACCGUCCCGACACCAACGCCGACCGAUUCCGAUGCCGGUGCGGGGCGGUCAUCGGAUCGCAGCAGCCUCCACCGAUCUACACCGAACCGAACCGACCCCAGUUUGAGUUCUCCCCCACUUUCGAUACGGCGUCAUUUCACAGUGACACUCGCCUGAGCUCCCGCCCUCGCCUGACGCAGCGACGCUUGGCCUGAGCUCUGGCCGUCGCUCACCAGUCACGGCAAACCAACGCGGUUUGUUAAAGCUUGUUGAGUUCUUACGAUUAGAAUGAUAUACACGGCGAUUGACAACUUCUACUUAACUGAUGAGGAGCUAAAGAACUCACCAUCUAGGAAAGAUGGUAUAGAUGAAGCGACUGAAACUAUCUUACGAAUAUAUGGCUGUGAUCUCAUCCAAGAAAGUGGCAUCUUGCUUAGACUACCUCAAGCAGUAAUGGCCACUGGGCAGGUUCUAUUCCAUCGUUUCUAUUGCAAGAAAUCAUUUGCCCGCUUCAAUGUGAAGAAAGUUGCUGCGAGCUGUGUAUGGCUUGCAUCGAAGCUUGAGGAAAGUCCAAGAAAAGCAAGACAAGUCCUCGUUGUUUUCCACAGAAUGGAAUGUAGGAGGGAGAACUUACCAAUAGAGCAUUUGGAGGUUGGUUCGCAGAAAUAUCAUGACCUCAAAACUGACUUGAGCAGAACAGAAAGACAUAUAUUGAAAGAGAUGGGAUUCGUUUGUCAUGUUGAACAUCCUCAUAAAUUCAUAUCUAACUACCUUGCUACUCUUGAAACACCUCCAGAACUGAGGCAGGAAGCUUGGAAUCUAGCAAAUGAUAGGUACUUCUUAUAAAUUAACUACUCACGGACACAAGU